UAAAAUAUAUUUUAAAAAAGUGCUGAGGAUACAGGGCGGUUAAGCAUUACUUAUUUGUGAAACCUCCUUCUGGUCAGGUGUUGUAUAGGGGAGGGGGUCUCCAUUAUAAAAGACUGGUAAGCAACCUGAGGUAACCUGCUUGUCACCAUCAAGAUGUGGAAGCUUGGGAUUUUGGUAGCUGUUGCUGCGUUUUUGGAGACGGUCUCUGCGACCUCUCUCGGGGUGGUGUACACAGAGGGAGGUAUGGUGGACGGCGAGAACAUCCGUCUGGGCUUAUUCCGUCACAUGGACAUUUUCAAAGGGGUUCCUUUUGCUGACAUCCCGGGGAGGUUUGAGAAACCAAAACGUCACCCAGGAUGGGACGGUGUUAUGAAGACCAAAGAGUACAGGAAAAGAUGCAUGCAGGUGAACAUGUUGAUGAGUGAUACCAGAGGCAGUGAGGACUGUCUUUACCUCAACAUCUGGAUUCCUCACGGCCGCGCAGUGUCCUCUGGUCUGCCUGUCAUGGUCUGGAUCUAUGGCGGAGGUUUCCUGGCUGGAGGCUCGAUGGGAGCUAACUUCAUGGAUAACUAUCUGUACAACGGGAAGGAGAUUGCAGACAGAGGAAAUGUCAUCGUGGUGACACUGGGAUACCGUGUGGGAACAUUGGGCUUCCUGAGCACUGGAGAGUCAGACCUCCCUGGAAACUACGGUCUCUGGGACCAGCAAGCCGCCAUUGCCUGGGUGAACAGGAACAUCCGCGGAUUUGGAGGAGACCCUGAAAACGUCACUAUCUUUGGCGAGUCUGCAGGUGGAGCUAGUGUCAGCUUCCAGACUCUCACUCCCCACAACAAAGGGCUUUUCAAGAGAGCCAUCUCCCAGAGCGGUGUCGCCCUUUGCCCAUGGGCUGUCAACAAGAACCCCCGCAGGUUCACUGAGGAGGUUGCUAUUAAGGUCAACUGCCCCACCGAUCAAAAUAUGGCUGCCUGUUUGAAGAUGACUGAUCCCGCGGUUCUUACGCUGGCAGGCUCUCUCAGUCUGUCCAGCUCACCUGACCACCCCCUUGUAUACAACCUGGCCCUGUCUCCUGUGAUCGACGGUGACUUCCUUCCUGAUGACCCUUCCAAAUUGUUCCACAAUGCGGCCGACAUCGAUUACAUCGCUGGAGUCAACGACAUGGACGGACACCUCUUCACUGGUUUAGACGUUCUUACGAUCAACUCCCCCCUGGUGGACACCCCUAUCGAGGAUGUAAAGAGGCUCCUGGCUGCCUACACUAAGGACAAGGGCAAGGCCGGUGCGGACAAUGCUUAUUCCACAUACACCUUAAACUGGAGCUCAAACCCCAGCAAGGCGACCAUCAAGAAAACCGUGGUGGAGAUCGGCACAGACUUCAUCUUCCUGGUUCCGACUCAGGCUGCCCUUUACCUUCAUGCUGCCAACGCAAAAACUGGCCGUACCUACUCCUACCUGUUCUCUGAACCGAGCCGUAUGGGCGGCAUUGCCAGGCCCUACCCCAGCUGGAUGGGAGCCGACCACGCUGAUGAUCUGCAGUACGUUUUCGGAAAGCCUUUUUCCACACCACUCGGCUACUGGCCCCGCCACCGUGACCUCUCAGGCUACAUUAUCGCCUAUUGGACCAACUUCGCCAAAACUGGGGACCCCAACAAAGGAGAUCUCAGUGUGCCCACUACUUGGCCUAAAUUCACCAACACUGGACACCAGUUUGUGGAAAUCCAUCAUAAUAUGAACAGAGACUAUGUGAGACAGAAGAUGAGAACGCGUUACGUGCAUUUCUGGACCAGCAUCCUACCCAACCUUCCCGUAUUAGGCUCUGAAUAAACUACUUGUGCAAUCAGAUAUGUAGCUGCAGUGUGGACCUAUAGGCCAGUAUUAUCAAAUAAUCAUUCGUCCAUGAAAAGAAUAAAUUGAUGAAAAUAGAAAUGA